UACCGGAUGAAGUGAUACGGUUUACCGUGUCUUUUUUCUCUCUUGGUGGGAUUUCUUUGUUUUGGCCCAGGCCGAUAAGUUCGGCGGGGUCAUCUGUUAGAAACAGACGAGGAUUAUACCUUUCCUUCGAGGCAGUGGAGUGGAAGUUAGCCGGGCAGACUGGAGACUGUAGCGGCUCUUCUGAAACACUGGGGUUGUUGGUGUGGCCAAAUUUUCCCUGGAUUAGCUUGGUAAAUUCAGAAGACUGAAGCCCAGGCUCACAGUCUACCUUUCACGGAGGCCAAGCCGUGAGAGGACAGAGGAAGGCACGUGGCGAAUCAUGACUGCCGACAAAGAGAAGGACAAGGAGAGGGAGAGGGACCGCGACCGGGACAGAGAGCGCGACAAGCGGGAGAAGACUCGCGAGAGCGAGAGCUCGCGGCCCCGGCGCAGCUGCACACUGGAGGGCGGCGCCAAAAACUACGCUGAGAGCGAGCACAGCGAGGAUGAGGAGAACGAGGCGGCUGGAGGCGCCACAGCCGAGGAGGCCACCAAGAAGAGCAAGAAGAAACUGCCCAAGAAGAAGUCGCGCUACGAGCGCACGGAGACCGGAGAGAUCACCUCCUUCGUCACGGAAGAUGACGUCGUUUACAGACCCGGCGAUUGUGUGUACAUAGAGAGCCGGCGGCCCAACACGCCCUACUUCAUCUGUAGCAUUCAGGACUUUAAACUGAGUAAACGGGACCAUCUGUUAAUGAGUGUGAAAUGGUACUACCGCCAGUCCGAGGUACCUGACUCUGUCUACCAGCACCUAGUACAGGACCGCAACAAUGAGAACGACUCUGGUCGGGAGCUAGUCAUUACUGACCCUGUGGUAAAAAGCAGAGAGCUCUUCAUCUCGGACUAUGUGGACACCUACCAUACUGCGGCCCUCAGGGGGAAAUGCAACAUAGCCCACUUCUCUGACAUUUUCGCUGCCAGGGAGUUCAAACCACGAAUCGACUCCUUUUUCUACAUUUUAGGAUAUAACCCAGAGACUAGGCGGUUAAACAGCACACAAGGGGAGAUUCGAGUAGGACCCAGUCACCAGGCCAAGCUCCCGGAGCUGCAGCCCUUUCCCUCUCCUGGAGGCCAGCCUGUGACUGAGAAUGAAGAGCUGGUCUGGAUGCCCGGGGUCAAUGACUGUGACCUGCUUAUGUACCUGCGGGCAGCCAGGAGCAUGGCAGCAUUUGCAGGGAUGUGUGAUGGAGGGUCAACAGAGGAUGGGUGCCUUGCUGCCUCACGUGACGACACUACACUCAAUGCAUUAAACACUCUACACGAGAGCAGCUACGAUGCAGGGAAGGCCCUGCAGCGGUUGGUGAAGAAGCCUGUGCCCAAGCUGAUUGAGAAGUGCUGGUCCGAGGACGAAGUGAAGCGGUUCAUAAAAGGGCUGAGGCAAUAUGGCAAGAACUUCUUCAGGAUUCGGAAAGAGCUGCUACCAAACAAGGAAACGGGAGAAUUGAUCACUUUUUACUAUUACUGGAAGAAAACCCCAGAGGCUGCUAGCUCCCGAGCUCACCGCAGACACCGCAGGCAACCAGUCUUCCGCCGGAUCAAGACCCGCACCGCCUCCACACCGGUCAACACUCCCUCCCGCCCUCCUUCCAGCGAGUUUUUGGACCUAAGCUCAGCCAGUGAGGAUGACUUUGACAGUGAGGACAGCGAACAGGAGCUGAAGGGCUACGCCUGCCGCCACUGCUUCACCACCACCUCCAAGGACUGGCACCACGGGGGCCGUGAGAAUAUCCUGCUGUGCACCGACUGCCGCAUCCAUUUCAAGAAGUACGGUGAACUGCCCCCCAUCGAGAAGCCUGUGGACCCGCCGCCGUUCAUGUUCAAACCUGUCAAAGAGGAAGAGGAUGGACUCGGCGGGAAGCAUAGCAUGAGGACUCGACGGAACCGUGGGCCGAUGUCGACGCUACGAAGUGGCCGGAAGAAGCAGACAGCCAGCCCAGAUGGCAGAGCCUCACCAACCAAUGAGGACCUGCGGUCAAGUGGCCGUACCUCCCCCAGUGCAGCCAGCACCUCCAGCACUGACAGCAAGACUGACUCAAUGAAGAAACCCAGCAAGAAAAUAAAAGAGGAGGCGCCAUCGCCUAUGAAGAGUGCCAAACGCCAGCGAGAGAAAGGAUCCUCAGACACAGAGGAGCCAGAGAGGGCCAGCGCUAAGAAGUCAAAGACUCAAGAACUGAGUCGACCUGACUCACCUUCGGAAUGUGAGGGAGAGGGCGAGGGCGAGAGCUCAGAUGGCCGCAGCGUAAACGAUGAGGGCAGCAGCGACCCUAAGGACAUUGACCAGGACAACCGCAGCUCCUCUCCCAGCAUCCCCAGCCCGCGCGACAACGAGAGCGACUCAGACUCAUCUGCGCAGCAGCAGGUCCUUCAGGGCCAGCAUCCUCCUGUUAUCCAGUGCCAGACGGGUGCACUGCCCCCAGCAGCCUCUUCUUCCACAGCCACAGCAACCACACCACCAACGUCAGGGGCCUCAGCGCUUCCCUCACAGGUGUCUCCGUCCAUCCCCCCCACCUCCAUGCCUCCUCAGCAGAUACCUCCAGCAGGCCCGCUCUCUCAUAUCCAGUCUGGAGCGGCACUGCACCCUCAGAGGCUGCCCUCUCCUCACUCACCAAUGCAGGGUAUGCCUCAGCCCCCAGCGCCCCCCCAGACUGGCCCUCAGCCUCUGCAGCCUCCACUACAUGGCCCAAUGCCUCCCAUGGGCCACCCUCUGCAGACGGGGCCCCAUAUGCCUCAUCCUCAUCCCUUACCUCCACAACCUUUCCCUCACGCUCAGUCUCAGGUCCCUCCGUCUCCCUUAUCGGGCCAGGCACAAGCCUCAUCCAUGUCCCAGCAACAGCAGCCUCACACUCCUCCAUCACAAUCACAACAGUCCUCCUCACAGAGCAGUGGGCAGCCCCCUCGAGAGCAGCCCCUUCCCCCUGCACCCAUGUCCAUGCCCCACAUCAAACCUCCACCCACAACCCCCAUCCCACAGAUGCAAAACCCUCAAUCACACAAGCACCCCCCACACCUCUCUGCGCCUCCAUUCCCACAGAUGCCUUCCAACUUGCCCCCGCCUCCUGCCUUGAAACCCCUCAGCUCCCUGUCUACACACCACCCACCCUCAGCCCACCCACCUCCACUGCAGCCCAUGCCGCAGCAGCUGCAGCCUCCGCCUGCACAGCCUCCAGUACUCACCCAGUCCCAAAACUUGCCUGCCGUAAGCAGCCAUGCACCUCCUCCAGCUCCACCUCUGCCCCCCUCUGCCACCUCCUCGCACUCAGCUUCUUCUCAGCCAACCUUCCCUCCUCAUCCCUACAUCCCAGGCAGCUCAGCCUCUAUCCCGCCCUCCUCCGUUCCAUCCUCUGCAGCGGGCCCCCUGGCUGGACUGCAGCAACCCCCCUCCUCCAUCUCUAUGCCCCUGCCUGCCUCAGUCAGCGCGCCCUGCCCAGGACCCUCCACUGUGCCGCCUGUGCAAAUUAAAGAGGAACCUCUGGAUGAAGCCGAGGAACCAGAGAGUCCCCCACCUCCACAGAGGAGUCCCUCACCAGAGCCCACCAUCGUCAACACACCUAGCCACGCCAGCCAGUCCGCACGGUUCUACAAGUAUUUGGACAGAGGCUACAACACGUGUGCAAGAACGGACUUCUACUUUACUCCACUGCCAUCGUCCAAGCUGGCCAAGAAACGAGAGGAGGCGCUGGAGAAAGCGAAAAGAGAAGCUGAGCAGAGAGCACGGGAAGAGAAAGAGAAGGAGAGGGAACGUGAGAAGGAGAGGGAAAGGGAACGAGAACGGGAGAAGGAGGCAGAGAGAGCUGCUAAGGCUUCCAGUUCUUCUCAUGAGAGUCGGAUGGGAGACCCUCAGAUGGCAGGACCGGCUCACAUGCGGCCACCCUUCGACCCCCCUCCCACCACCAUCGCUGCUGUGCCACCUUACAUUGGGCCAGACACACCUGCCCUGCGCACACUCAGCGAGUAUGCCCGGCCCCAUGUUAUGUCUCCCACCAACCGCAACCACCCGUUCUUCAUGUCCCUCAACCCCACAGACCCCCUGCUGGCCUACCACAUGCCUGGGCUGUACAACGCAGACCCUGGAAUGCGCGAGCGUGAGCUGCGAGAACGAGAGAUGCGUGAGAGGGAGAUCCGUGAGAGGGAGCUGAGGGAGAGAAUGAAGCCUGGCUUUGAGGUUAAACCCCCAGAGCUGGAUAGCCUGCACCCCUCCACAAACCCCAUGGAGCACUUUGCCCGACAUGGGCCCAUCGGUUUGCCGCCCAUGGCUGGCCACCCUUUUGCUUCCUUCCAUCCGGGCCUGAACCCACUGGAGAGGGAGCGUCUGGCGCUGGCUGGGCCCCAGCUGCGGCCAGAGAUGACUUACCCAGAGCGCCUGGCAGCUGAGAGACUACAUGCUGAAAGGAUGGCCUCAGUGGCCAGCGACCCCAUUGCCAGACUGCAAAUGUUCAACGUGACACCACAUCAUCACCAGCACUCGCACAUUCACUCUCACCUCCAUCUACAUCAGCAAGACCCACUGCACCAAGGUUCUGGGGCACACCCGCUAGUUGACCCACUGGCUGCAGGACCACACCUGGCCCGCUUUCCCUACCCACCUGGAGCCAUCCCCAACCCUCUGCUCGGACAGCCUCCACACGAACACGAGAUGCUCCGGCACCCUGUGUUUGGUACUCCAUACCCUAGAGAUUUGCCAGCAGGGUUGCCGCCUCCCAUGUCAGCAGCACAUCAGCUGCAGGCUAUGCAUGCACAGUCCGCAGAGCUGCAAAGACUGGCCAUGGAGCAGCAGUGGCUUCACGGACACCACCACAUGCACGGGGGCCCUCUGCCUGGACAGGAGGACUACUACAGCCGGUUGAAGAAGGAGAGCGAUAAGCAGCUGUGAUCAUUGGAGGGAUGUGACAUCGCAGAGGUCUGCAGGACACAGGAGGUCGCCCCAGAACAGUCACGGAAAGGAACUUGUGUGUCCUUGGAAUAUUUUUAGUUUGCAGAAGAACAGAAAAGUGACAAGGAUUGUCUGAAGACCUUUUUUCUGUUGUCAGCUUUCUUUUCUAUUAUGGACAUUUUUAUUUUCUAAAGACAUUGACUUCAUUUUUGGUAUAUAGCGUUCAAGUAGUGACAACGUCCUCAAGACUGAUUGUGACUUUCCUGCAUGAACAUCCUCUGAGAAGCUUCCCUGACGUUUUUGUAGGUGCUAGAAUACCAGACACUUUGUCACUGUGCUUAUUCAAAAAAGAGGAAGAGAACAGUUGGGCCAUUAUAUCUGAAAAGUGCUAUCUUAAAUUCAAUGUUUAUUUUAAUACAUUGUAGGAGGUUUUCAUAAUUUUAAGAAAAGCUGCAGCAUGGCGUUUUUUUGAGUCUGUAAAUAGUAUAUAUAUAUACAUAUUAUUAUUAUUAUUAUUAUUAUAAUUAUUAUUAUUAGGUGUGGAUUCCUAACCGAGUUGUUAGACCUCCGAUAUAAUAGUUCUGAAGCAUCAUCCCUUGUUUCAGAGGGGACGAGAUGGCAUUAUUUGAGCAGGUAGUCGUAUCAGGUGGUUUGCGGUCCAUAAAACAGGGUCGCUGGGAGAAUGGUACCAGAUUUUUAUCCACACACACUUAAGGUUAAUGCUCAAGUUGAGCUGCUUUUUGUCCUUUAGACUGUCAGCAACAAACAGACAUACAAAAAAGUCCAUUCAUGAUGUCAUGACCAUCUUCAUUUCCUUUUACGGUUAGAUUUAGAAUGAGUUUUUGUUAUGAGACACAUGAAGGUAAGAGUAAUGGCUCAAAGUUUGUGCGCGAGGGCUUACACCCAGAUCCUUCUGAAAAGCCAAAAUUGCACUGAAUAACUUGGAAAAGAUGAAAUGUUGAACUCUAAUUGGUUUUAAGUGAACUGACAGUGUGAAUGAGAGCAUUUUAACAUAUUUUUGUCUUGAUUCUGUGUACCAAAGCAAAGAAGCUGAAGUUCAUAAUCUUUUAUAAACGUGAAUUGGGUUCAGAUCUUUACGCGCAGCUUUGUGAAAGAAUUUAAACAAAACUGAUCCUGGUUGAUAAAGGCUGGAUAUGGCCAGAGUUUUCCUCAGUCUCCAAGAAUGCUUUUAAGGAUUUUUUAAGUCACUAGGUGCUAAUGGAAAAAGAUGGCACUGCAGUCUAGCCCACCUCCACUACUCGAGUCACUUUUCCUCCAGUGUGCGAGGCUCCUUAGUCAUUCUCACUGUGAUAACUCGAAAGACAUGGUUUUCAGCAGACAAUGGAUAAAGAGCUUUGAACAAGAGUUUGCGUAUUCCUGUGUGCAUGUUUGCAGUAGUGGAGAUGAACAUGUUACCACUGCAGCUUCUCUCUGCAUUCCUGACACCCCAUGAUGCAUGGCCUCCCUGGUCUCUCUGUCCCUGUCAUGACGAGGCUGAGCGACAGCCAUUGUGGACUGUUACGUGCAGUAUUGGCUGUUUUUAUGUCACACCAGUUUGAACCACCCACAAUCCAUCAUGGCCAUUUUUACAUCUUUAAAGAAUUCAUUUUAUGUCCAUGAAUACUGUCACUGCUGCAAGGUGGUUCGGUUUUCUGUUUUAAUUUGAAUAAUACUUGAUGAACAGUACUGUUUCAGAUGAUACCAGUUUUUCUUUUUUUAUAUAAAAAAGUAAAUCCACAUUCUUUUAAAGCUUGCACAAAAACCCAUUUUGAAAGUACAAACCCAAACUCAAUCAUCAGCCCUUUUUUUUUAGUUGGACUCUACCAUCUACCUGUCUCUGUCUGUAUGAUGUAUACAAUGUUCUGAUUUUGUUUUCAGCAUUUCCUCCUUUUUGUCCCCUUUUUUGUGUCUUAAACCUUUGAUGUUGAGUGUUGUCAAUGGUUUAGCUUCUUGUUUCAAAGCGGCAAUAGCAGAAUGUAAAUUCUGACUGCUAAGAUUUAUAUAUACUGGUAUCUUGAAGCUUAUUGUAUAUAUUAGUAGUCGCCAUGGGAUGACACAAUGUAAACAAAAAGUAGAAAUAAUUAAAACGAAAUUGUGAGUCCUGUGUUCUCCCCAUUUGAGUAUUUUGUAAUUUUUUUGAAAAAUUUGUGGAAUUAAAAUAAAACUAAGUUACACCACAAGGAUACUUGAUUUCUAGUUAAUAUCACUUUGUUAUAUGACAUGGCAAAAGUAAAUGUUCAUGCUGACAAAA